AUGCUGGGGCUCUACGCCUUAUCGCUGUUGCCGCUGCUGGCAUCAGCGGCACCAACAUUCAGCACUGAAACCAUCCAUGAAGGUGCUGCUCCUCUCCUUUCGUCCUCCAAUGCCGAGGCCGUUCCGGACUCCUACAUCGUCGUGUUCAAGAAGCACGUCACCGACGCCUUGGCAUCGGAGCACCACAGCUGGGUGCAAGACAUCCAUCUCCAGAGCGAGAACGCUCGCACCGAGCUUCGAAAGCGAUCGCAAUUCCCUAUUACCAACGACAUCUUCGAGGGUCUCAAGCACACAUACAGUAUCGCUGGCGAGUUCUUGGGUUACUCGGGGCACUUCGAUGACUCGGUCAUCGAGAAGGUCCGCAGACAUCCCGACGUCGAGUACGUUGAGAAAGACUCUGUUGUUCACACACUAGGCGACACUGGUGACACUGGAGAGCUGGAAAAGAACGCUCCAUGGGGUCUCGCUCGUAUUUCCCACCGGGAUAGCCUGACCUUCAGCGAUUUCAACAAGUACCUCUACGCCGCUGAUGCGGGUGAGGGUGUGGAUGUCUAUGUUAUCGACACUGGAACCAACACUGAGCACGUCGACUUCGAAGGUCGAGCACACUGGGGCAAGACCAUCCCUGUCAACGAUGCUGACGAGGACGGAAAUGGACACGGAACUCACUGCUCUGGUACCGUUGCUGGCAAGAAGUAUGGUGUAGCCAAGAAGGCCAAUGUCUACGCUGUCAAGGUUCUCAGAUCUAACGGCUCCGGAACCAUGUCGGAUGUCGUCAAGGGCGUUGAGUGGGCUGCAAACUCCCACGCCCAGAAGGUCAAGAAGGGUAAGAAGGGCUUCAAGGGCUCUGCCGCCAACAUGUCUCUCGGAGGUGGCAAGUCUCCCGCUCUCGACCGUGCUGUGAACAGCGCCGUUGCCGCUGGUAUCCACUUUGCUGUUGCCGCCGGUAAUGACAAUGCCGAUUCUUGCAACUACUCCCCAGCUGCUGCCGAGAACGCCAUCACUGUCGGUGCUUCGGCUCUAGAUGACUCCCGCGCUUACUUCUCCAACUAUGGACCAUGCAAUGAUAUCUUCGCACCUGGUCUGAGCAUCCUUUCUACUUGGAUUGGCAGCAAGUACGCUGUCAACACCAUCUCCGGUACUUCUAUGGCUUCUCCCCACAUUGCUGGUCUUCUGGCAUACUACCUUUCCCUGCAGCCAUCCUCCGACUCUGCUUAUGCAGUCGCUGAGAUCACCCCUAAGAAGUUGAAGGAGAACAUUAUCAGCAUCGCCACUGAGGGUGCCUUGACUGAUGUCCCGUCUGAUACCAAGAACGUGCUUGCAUGGAACGGUGGUGGAUCUUCCAACUAUUCUUCCAUCAUCAAGGCUGGUGGAUACACCGUGAAGAAGGGCUCCAAGCCCACCACCAACUUGCCAACCACGAUUGAGUUGUUGGAGGAGGCAAUGGAGAAUGACUUCGACAUGGUUUCUGGAGAGAUCGCCAAGGACGCCAAGAACAUGAUGUCCAAGACCGAGACCUUCUCCAAGAAGAUCCAGGAGGAGAUCAAGGAAUUUUUUGAGGGGCUUGAGGAGUUUGAGUCCUAA